GGGUCAUUUGACAAUGCCUCUCAGGCAAAUAUAAGUUGUGUUCAGCAUUCAGUUGAAUUCUUAAGCUGGUCUUGGAAGCAUUUCCUUAAAAUGCUUAGAUACUCAGUCGUAAUUAUUCACGUUUUAUUGAUUUCGAGUUGUUAUGGAUAUGGAGGGAACAAAGGCAGCCACGAUGAAUGGAGGAACACCACAGUGGCGAUCCGUAGCCAAAUACCUUCAAAAAAGAACGAAUUCCCACCACCCAAGUUCGAACUGAUCGGCGAAAGGUAUUUCUACAUCGAACGCUCUGUUGAGCAAAACUGGACAACUGCUGCCACGACAUGUCGUCAGAUGGGAGGAUAUCUGGCCUCCAUAAGGAGCGAGGAGGAGCUCCGGGCAAUCAGCAUGAAAGUGAACGACUAUACGUGCUAUUAUUUGGGCAUGAACGACCACGAAGUGAGGGGAAACUUUGUGUCCUUGGCUUCUGGAAGACCAGCCGCCUUGAUGUGGACUCAAAAUGAACCCGACUACAUUCCCGGCGGAGAAAGUUGCGUCGCCAUUUACAAUGACUCUGAAAAGGGCAUGAUGAUGGUACCCUGCUCCAAUGAAAGCAACUUUAUUUGCCAGGCAGAUGUCGAAACGUAGCUGGAUCACUGAAAAGUCGAAUAAAGAACAUUGCAUUUUUUUA